UUCCGCAUUACGUCGCUGUUCGCGCGCCUCAUUUUUGAAAUCGGAAAGCCCUUCGGAUUGUAAAACAGAUCUAAAUGGCUUCGAUUAAAGAUCUUGACGCCGUGGAAAAGUUCAGCAGCAAGCUGGAGGGAAUCAGGAGUAAACUCUUGUCCCAGGCUAUGGGUGAAAUGCUGACUGAGGCUACAGUGGAGUUCUGCCAAGCGCACAAACACUACAUGAAGUCUGUUCUGGAUACAUGCUCGAAAAAAUGCCGGGAAGAUGAGACCAUGUUUGAGACCAUACAGGCUUAUACAGAAGAGCUGAAACGUCAGAAUUCCAUCAUGAGGGAGAGGAAUGAAGAACUGCCCGAAGUCCUGGGAUCCAUCCAGUACAAAGAAAAACAGAAAGAACUCCUUAUUCAGAAAAUUGGGAAGCUGAAGCAAGAGCAGGCCAAGAGCAGAGAAUUGAUUCACUCCCAAAACAAAGCCAACAAGGACCGGCUAAAGAACUUAAACAAAAUUAAAGAUAUCUUUCAGGAGUGGUUAAGCCUUGAGAUCAGAAAAAUCCAGGGUGAUAAGCUGCAAUUCAUCUUCAGAAACAUCAACCACAAGAAUCCACAAAGUGCCUACACCUUUCUUCUAAAAAUAAAUGAGGAAGGGGUGUACCAAAUCGUCUCCUGCGAUCCUCCCUUGGCACAAAUGGAGCAUCUGGAGCGCAGACUGCAGCAGACCAACAACCUGUCUGCCUUUUUGGCUAAUGUUAGGAAAGAGUUUGUGGCACUGUACAAUACUACAAAGACUGUCUGAAUUCACAAUAAUAUUAAUGAUAAGUUCACUUGCAAGACUCAUCUGUAGCCAUUAAUGACAUUGUGCUUAUUUUAUUACUGUUCUGCUUAAAUGUUCUUAUUGUCAUACUUGUAUAUAAUUUCUUUUUAGAUUCUUUUACAUAAUAAAAUGCAGCAAUUGUUGGUCCUUAUUAUA